UUUAUAUGGUUGACCCCUGCAGCUCUCAUUUGGUAUGUUCCAUGUUGACGCGGGAUUUAGUUGAAUCAGUCAGAAUCAUAGAGUCGCACGUUUCAUCUUCAGGAGUACAUUAAAUCGGUUGAGGAAGAUAAUGGAGCAGAAAUAUGAGGAAGAGAUCCAGAUGCUCGAGCAGGAAAUUGAAAUGCUGGAGGCUGAACAGGAGGAGACUUUACGGUCCAUUUUCAUAGAGCAUGGAGAUCGACUACAGCGGGAGCUAAAGUCAGUCUGUGAGGAAAGGGGAGGAGCACAGAAACACACUCUUUCAAAGCUGAUCACAGAAGUCAGAGAGCUGGAAAAAGACCUCAGACGACAGACAGAAAUCAACGGGAUUGCUCUAAAUGAGUGUUUUGUGAAAACACUGCACAAAAGUGAAAGAAAACUUGUACAGCAGCUCAGACUUGCAGGUCACUGCAGUGUACUUUUGUUCCAGGUUGAAUUUGCAGUGACUGAGAUUCAGGAGGAUGAUGCACUGCUCAGGAGAGUUACAGAGCUCAAUAUCGUUGUGGAUGGUGUUGAAUUUAAAGAUUUCUCGGCAUUUGUGUCCAGAGUGGAGGACACCAAAGAUCUUCUCUUGUUCUUUAGAACCUUGAGGACGUUCUCCGAGAGAUGUGAGGAGAGACGUCAAACCUUUCAGCACUUCCAGGAGAAGUACCCAGACGUGGUCAGCCUUCCAGAGGGAUGCCGAUCGGAGCUGAUGAUUAUAAGAAGUCCUCAACUUCCCGGGAUCUCCAUGACCAUUUUCUGGAAGAUUGAUGUGUCCAUGGAAGGAGUGGUAAAGCCAUCGCUGGAGCUCCUGCUGAAAAUGCCAGACCAGGCUCGGGAGUUUGACGCCAAAAAAGUGACAGAAAAUGGCUCGGAUUACUUUCAGAGCCUCCUGCGGAUCCUCGGUGUGGAAGCGUCAAUCGAGGCCUUGAUAAGAACUGUAUGUUUGUGAGAAGUCAAAACACAAGCCAGUGUUCACGCCAUG